GCAUCCGGAGCUCAGUAUCAUUCGCGCCACCGACCAGUGCGCACGUCUCGGUUCGCGCUGUGAACUACGAAACGAUGUGAUUCUCAGUGACGGUACGAUUGUAUGAGCAGGGAUGGAUGGAGAAAAUAGGAUCAUUUUAAACGUUGGAGGCAUUCGAUACGAAACCUACAAGGCGACAUUGAAGAAGAUCCCAGCGACGAGGCUGUCACGGUUGACGGAGGCGUUAGCCAACUACGACCCGGUCCUCAACGAGUACUUCUUUGACAGACAUCCCGGGGUCUUCGCGCAGGUCCUCAACUAUUACAGAACUGGGAAACUUCACUAUCCCACCAAUGUGUGCGGACCAUUAUUCGAAGAGGAGCUGGAGUUCUGGGGCCUGGACUCUAACCAGGUUGAGCCUUGCUGCUGGUCUACCUACAGCAUCCACAGAGAUACACAGAAUACCUUGGCGAUUUUGGACAAAUUGGAUAUUGAUAGCGAAAAACCUUCAGAGGAAGAAAUUGCCAGACUCUUCGGCUAUGAAGAAGCAUACUUCUCUGGAGAACUGGGACCUUGGCAAAGGAUUAAGCCGAAAGUCUGGGCAUUGUUUGACGAGCCUUCAAGUUCACCAGCCGCAAAGGUGAUAUCAGCUAUAUCAGUGUUCUUCAUCUGCAUAUCGGUGCUAUGUUUUUGUCUCAAGACCCACCCCGACCUUCGUGUGAUAGAACCCUUGCCAGAAGUGGAGAACCUCACAGAGAACAUAACACUGAUGGGCCUCUGGGAGGACAACGGGCAGCCUCACGUAGCGUUCUUCUACAUCGAGCUAGUCUGCAACGUGUGGUUCACAAUUGAGCUGCUUGUUAGAUCCGUGGUAGCUCCAAACAUAAUAGAAUUCGUGAAGUCCCCAGUGAACCUAAUAGACUUUAUAGCUACACUUAGUUUUUAUAUGGACGUGGUCGUUGAACUCGCAGUGAUCAGAAGAAACUUAGAUAGGGCUGACAUCUUAGAGUUUAUUUCAAUUAUUAAAAUAUUAAGACUGUUCAAACUGACGAGGCACAGCCCUGGUCUGAAGAUACUGGUGCACACCUUCAAGGCGUCCGCGAAGGAGCUGACACUUCUGGUGUUCUUUCUAGUGCUGGGGAUUGUGAUAUUUGCAAGUCUGGUGUAUUAUGCUGAGAAGUCUCAGGAUAAUCCUGAUAACCAGUUCAAAUCGAUUCCUCUGGGGUUGUGGUGGGCGAUCGUAACCAUGACAACCGUGGGCUAUGGUGACAUGGCUCCCAAGACAUAUCUGGGCAUGUUCGUCGGGGCUCUGUGCGCGCUCGCUGGCGUGCUGACCAUCGCUCUACCAGUUCCUGUCAUUGUCUCCAACUUCUCCAUGUUCUACUCGCACACUCAGGCACGCUCAAAACUUCCUAAGAAGAGACGUCGAGUUCUGCCUGUAGAACAACCCCGACGUAAGCGUGAUGCAGGUGCUUCGAACCGACGCGUGAAUGCUUUGAAACAACAUCCUGUCGUUUUGAAAGAGCUUCAAGCUGGAAAUAAGUAUGGUGUCAACGGCAUGAACAUGAUAAGUCUUGCACUUCAAGGACCAUCUAAUCUGCUUCGACCUCCUCAGACUGCACAGCCGUUACAGGCCAGAGCUCCAAUAGUGGAGAGUCCAAUCAUAAACACACAAAGUGGGGCGAUCUCUUUAGCAUCACUGCAGCCACCAUUAAUCACCGCACCACCUUUACAACCACGCCCUGCAACUACUGGAGCCCUUGACCUAAUGCUACCUUUACAACCAAAAUUAUUACCUGGAUACAACCUGCAGUCGUCAUUCUUAUCUAGCACCUUAUCCACAGUACGCCCGCCAGACUUAGACAAAAAACUCGAAUAUAAACCCAUUGUAGAUGUUAUUAUAGAGAAAUGUGAUUCUAGUAACUCAUUAAAUGUAGAUAAUUGUAAAGAAUUGUGUGAAUUAGAUAGAAAUGAAAUUAUAGAGAAGAACGAUAAUGUUAUUAACGAUAAUAAUCCUACGAAAUUCGAAAUUAACUCCAAUGUUGUUGAUACUAAGACAGAUUCACCUGUAAUAAGAAACCCAAAUGAUAAAAGUUCUAAUAAUAACAUGGAGUAAAUAUUAUAAUAUUUCAUUUUAUUUCAUUCUAGAUUUAAAUUUAAUAUAAAAAGAGAAAUUGACCUAAAAAGAAAUUAAAAAUGAAAUAUUUUUUCUAGACCAAAGUAUAGGACGUAGGGUUUUGUGUAAAUUAGCGAUAUUAUUAUGUUCAAGUAUAUUUUGUAAAUGAAAGACGUAACAGUGAAGUUAUUGUAAAGUUUGUUAAUAAGUGGAAAUAAAUUUAAACCAAAUGAAGUGGCGGAAGAUAUAAGAAAUGUAUCACAUAAAAUAAAUAAAAAAAAUAGCAUUGCUCAGCUGUGGUGAAAUGUAACUAUGUGUUAUUAAAUUAUUAAUCAAGUUGAAUUUGGGUACAAUAAUAACAAAGUGGCAUUUUAAGGCGUAGAUAUUUCAUAAAUAGAGCUAGAUAAUAUAACGUAUUUAACAAUAAAGUAGAGUAAUUGAUAAAAUUUCAUCCUAAAACUAUUUGGUAUUAUUAAUAAUUGUAAAGAUAAAUUAAUCAAAAAUAACAAGUCGAUUUAAAAUAAUCUUGUUUGAAAAAGAGUUGUUAGACUCCGUUGUAUCUAAAAUAGGUCACAAGGGUGAUCGUUACCGCGACACACUGUACUGAUUGUACUGAUAACAAAAUAUUUAUAUUUGCCUUAAGUGUUGAUGAUAUUGUAUUUUCGUUGAACAACUUGAGUAUCCUAUAUGUAAAUAAAAUGAUGGAUUUAAACACGCGAAAUCGAUACUGAAAUUUUGCAACAGGUUUUUGUAUAAAACAAUUUCACAAGUCGGGUUUUAAAACUAGCCUUACGCUUCAUUGCAUUUAUAGUUCAAGAUUUGAAUUAAAAAGCAUUUUAUUUACGUUAAGAUAUAAUUUCUAAUAUCAACUAAUUUAAAUUAAUUCUUCAACUGAUGAUUAUUGCUCAUGAUAUAUAUAUAUAUAUAUCGUUAAAUAUUUGAAUAUUAUAUUAAUUUACAUAGCUUACACUAUGAUUAAUUCCCAAGCAAAAUAUUUUAUGUUGAAGAUUACGGAAUUUCAACUUUAUAUAAAAAUAAUUAAUAUAAGAUAUUAUUAAAACGAAAGUCUAACAUCUCUAUAGAAGCAUUUAUAUUCUACCGCCAAUAUGGUGGGAAAUAUUCGUUAUUUUAAAGCCAUGCCAAAUUUCAAUGUUACAUUUUAAUCUUAAUAUUUUUUUUAAUGUUAUGAACUUAUUAUUCUUAUCAAAAAAAAAAAUUGCACUUUUGUUAUUAUAAAAGUGUGUUAUUAUAAAAGAUUGUCAUCAAUAAAUGAUUAAUGUGUA